AUGGAAGGGGUUAAGAAUAAGGAGCAAUCCGCUCCUAUAAAUCUAGAUGAUGAUGACCAACCAACUCCUCAGAAUUAUAUUCCAAGUGAUAAUGGCAAUAUUGGACAGCAAAAUGCAGAAAUCCAAGGCGGUAAAGAAGAAAUAGUAAUGAAACGAAAACGACAAAAAACAUCAAAGGCAUGGGAAGGUUUCACUGUUGUGACUCUAUCUAAUGGUACCAAAAAGGCCAGUGUAAUCAUUCCACAUAAAGAUUAUGAAGAAAAGCAUAAUUUAUUGAGUUUUCCACCUAUUAGGUCUGAUGUGGAUGCGGGACAUGAGAAGCUCCCUUCAUUGAUCAGGCCGGAUGCAAAGUGUGAUAGUAACAAAAUGAGAGAAGCAAUAGCUACUUGGGUGUUGGGUACCGAGCAACCUUUUUUUGUUGUGAAGGAUGAUUUAUUUAUGCAUAUGAUGAAGACAGCUACUCCAUUAUUUGAGAAAACAAGCAGGACUUCAACCAAAUCGGAUUGUUUUAAGAUAUAUGAGCAUGAGAAGAAAACAUUAAAAGCUCUUACAAAAGCAGCCUCAAAAAUCAGUUUAACCACUGAUUGUUGGAAGUCAUCUCAUCAGAAGAUUGAGUACAUGGUUAUCACAGGGCACUUUAUUGAUCAUAAUUGGAUAUUGCAAAAACGUGUCUUGAGUUUUGUACAUGUUCCUCCUCCUCGUACCGGACUUGAUAUAGCUGAUGGUAUUUAUAAAUGUUUGAAGCAUUGGGAAAUUGAGGACAAUAUAUUCAUGAUAUCUGUAGACAAUGUUGCAUACAAUGACAGGGCGUUAAGAAGGCUGAAAGAAAUUUUUUCUAGAGUGAGAAAACUCACGUGUGGUGGUAGGUUGUUUCAUGUUAGAUGUUGUGCACACAUUUUAAAUAUUCUUGUGAAAGAUGGUAUUGUUAUGAUUGAUUCUGUUAUCGGGGAAGUUCGUGAGGAUAGAAAGUUAUUGUUUGAUGUUCCAACACGAUGGAAUUCAACCUAUGAUAUGUUGUCGGUUGCAUUAAAAUUUAAAGAUGUUUUCCCAAGAUUUGCGGAGUACGAGCCACAUUUCAAUCACCUGCCUACUAACGAGGAGUGGGCACAUGUGGAGAGCGUGUGUGAAAUCUUGAAGGUUUUCAAGAUUGAGAUGUUUAGAGUAAAAGAAACUUUGGAUAAAGGUGAUCUAUCAGAACAUGAUUUCAUUAGGACUAUGGUGACUAAGAUGAAUGAGAAGUUUGAAAAAUAUUGGGGGGAGUGCCAUCUUGUUAUGGCUAUAGCUUCAGUGUUAGAUCCAAGAUUCAAAAUAAAGUUAGUAGAAGUUAGCUUCCCAACCAUAUACUCCAAUGCUGAAAAGAACAUUGAAGAAGUGAAGAAAGCACUUUAUGAAAUGUACGAGGAGUAUUUGGAAAUACAUGAUGCAUCAUUCCGAGAAGCUGCAACACCUGCAAAUGGAUGUGGAGAAAAUGAUGUUUCAAAAAGAACAUCACUCGGGUCAGGAUGGGAGGCUUUUGGGGAGUUUAUAAAAAAUACAGAUUUGGAGAGACCAGAAAAGUCAGAAUUAGAUAUUUAUUUGGAAGAAGGUGUUUAUAGGAACCAGGGACAAAAAGGAAUGGAUUCAUUCAAGGCUUUGGAGUGGUGGAAUGUUCAUAAACUAAAGUUCUUUUUACAGAAGGAGGAAAUGCCCAUUGAGGUUUUAUUACCUACAGGGACAAAUUUUACUGGAUUGAAUUUGCUUCAAGGAAGAUUGACUUUUGAGUUUUGA